CGAAAAUGUUUUUACGGCGCAGGUCCAUUUCCUCGUGUUUUUAGUCCACACAUAUAUUCACUUGCGUAUCGACCUAAGGCGAGUCUUCGUUUCGCCGCAGUGUAUUCCAGACAGCGUGUCAGAAGUGUUUACAAAAUUGUGCACCGCUCUUCGUAGACCACGGCCUAUACACUCACGUAUUUGUAACACACAUGCACACACAUAUAUAUAUAUAACCGCAGAAGAGUUCCCAUUAACGUACACCUGUUAAAUAAACAAACAGUUAUUUUCGAAGGUCGAAAAUAAAAUGAACAAAAUGAGCAGACCGAGGCAAAAUUUUCACGUAGAAUGCGAACGAGCUAUCAACAAACAAAUCAAUAUGGAAUUAUAUGCCAGUUACGUUUACCUGUCAAUGGCGUAUCAUUUCGAUCGCAGCGAUGUGGCUUUACCAGGACUUCACAAUUAUUUCAAAAAAGCUUCGGACGAAGAACGUGAACACGCUAUGAAGUUGUUGACUUAUCAGAAUAAACGAGGUGGCACAAUCGUUAUGGAAGAUAUUAAAGUACCGUCAAAAAGCGAUUGGGGUACAGCCAAAGAAGCCAUGACCGAAGCACUGGAUCUUGAAAAACAAGUCAAUUUGAGCUUACUGGAGCUUCACGCACUUGGAUCAAGUCACAACGAUCCAAAUCUAUUAGAUUUCCUUGAAAGUGAAUACCUGCAGGAACAGGUUGAUGCGAUAAAGGAGAUUUCUGAUCACAUAACAAAUCUUGAGAGAGUCGGAGAGGGUCUUGGAGUUUUUGUGUUUGACAAAGAAUUGAACGAGUAACUUUUGUUCAUUGACAUGUUUACGUAUGAUAAUGAGCUUUUUAUGCAACAAUUUUUAUUUGCUAAUGGUCAAUUGAAAUGCGCACAUAAUUUUAGGAAACCAUGAAUGGGAGAAAUAUUUUCUACCGAACUCUGUAUUAAUCAUUGAUCAGUGAACAAUUGAAAAAAUUCAGAACUGAAUACAGCUAUAAAUUUUAUUCAAACAGUAUUUUAAAAAAUGUGGUAUUAUUGUACCAAGCUUAGAAACUCAAGAUGUGAGAAAUACUAAUAAAGUCAAUAUAUAUAUGAACAAAA